AUGGAUAGUCAUGACCCUCGUCUACAACUUGAAUUUGCCAAAUUCCUACUAGAAGCUAUUCAUCAGAUCCAAACAGAAGAACAGGACCCAAAACGAAUAAAAAAAGCACGUGAAGCACUGAUGAUGGAAGCACAAAAGAUUGUAAAAAAACUUGCGUCGCAUUCUGGAAUGGGCAAGCAAGGAUAUCCUGAAGCUCAAUUCUUUUUGGCUAAUUGUUACGGGACUGGCAGUAUGGGGCUUCCAACUGAUGCUGAAAAAGCGUUCUCACUGUAUGUUCAAGGGUCCAAGCAGAACCAUCCUGGGUGUGCCUUUAGAGCUGCUGUUUGUUACGAAGUAGGUGCGGGCACUAGACGUGAUAAGAAUCACGCAAUGCAGUUUUACAGAAAAGCAGCCAACCUGGGAGAUCCGAUCGCAAUGUACAAACUGGGUAUGAUCUUACUCAAGGGAUUUCUCGGUCAACCAAAAAAUCCCCGAGAAGGUAUCUCUUGGUUAAAGCGAGCGGCACAACAAGCAGACGAGGAUCAUCCACAUGCGCUUCAUGAGUUGGGCCUAUGCUAUGAAAAAGAAGGCAUCCCCUCAGUGAUCCCUGAUCUAAACUAUGCACGCGAAUUGUUCAGUCAAGCCGCACAGUAUGGUUAUGCUCCCUCUCAGUUCAAACUCGGACAAGCCUACGAAAACGGGUUACUGAAUUGUCCAGUAGAUCCUCGUCGAUCAAUUGCAUGGUACUCAAAAGCAGCAGAACAAGGCGAAGUAGAAGCAGAGUUUGCUCUUUCUGGCUGGUAUCUUACAGGUGCUGAAGGAAUAUUACCUCAAAAUGACAACGAAGCUUAUCUAUGGGCACGAAAAGCGGCUGACAAAGGUUAUGCGAAAGCAGAGUAUGCAGUUGGAUAUUAUACAGAAACGGGCACAGGAACAAAACAAGAUUUAGAAGAAGCAAAAAAAUGGUACAUGCGUGCAGCUGCUCAAAAUUAUACCAGAGCCAUGCAGCGUUUGACCGAACUCAAAUAUGGAGGCGCAAGGCCUCAGCAGCGCCGAAAACAUACUCGAGAUGAUGCGAAGGGAGGAAAAGACUCAGAUUGUACCAUUAUGUAG